GUUUGCUCGCUGCUCUGUAGUGUGUGUACUUUAGCUUAUUGUAAACAAUUUGCUCGAGAAUAAAUUGAGCAAGUUUCAUAUUUUUUCUUUGUUUCCUGAGUCUGUUGGGAUCAGCUUGCAAUCGUUUUGUUUUUUUCUCAGUUGGCUCUUUGAGAAUCAAGCGCAAUCAUGCAAUUUUCACCCCUCAGUUCGAUCCUGAACCUGGUUGUGUUACUCGGCGUGAUCGCUAAUUCCCGUUGUCUGCAUACCUCAUGCUCACCAGACUACUGUGAACCACAGGAGAAAUUGAUUUACCAUCAGACUAUGACUCCAUCGUGGCUGGAGGCGCAUGCGUCCUACAUUGACAGUUCUCGCACAAUUACCGCUCAUCAAUUAACAUUCAACGUUGGCUCAGUAAGUGACGCAGCCCUCCUAAAGGUUCCCAUGAUUCCAGCUGGUGUGAUGAGAGAUUCAUUUUCGCUGACCGUAGACAUCACAGUCGCGCAUGACGUCAGCAUUGGCCAAGGAACUGACAGCGACAUCAAAUAUGGCGUGUCAGACGGUACCAGAUUUAUUGGGUUUGAAGCAUGUGACAAGGGAAAUUAUGGAAGCAAUUCUCCAUGCUAUGGAUUGGAAGGCUUGUCUGGCUUUACUGCGACCUCUCUUCGAUACGAGCCACUUACCCCUAAACCCAGCGAGUCUUUCUAUCCCGGUCAGUUUGUCUUCACUCUCAAGUUGGAUGAACGCUGGGGCUCCUGCUACACUGCGCAUGACGGAGGUUUCGUGAGGACCGCUGGCUACAACAACCGACUGAUGCUCAGCAAGGGACUCACUCUCGAGGUUUACAAGGGUAAUGCAGGAGAGAGGGUUGGGAUCAGGUACAUCAAGGUCGCUGUCAAGCAAGACGCCUAGGAGGAGAAAUCCUCGAACACAACGCACAUAAGGGAACCAUAGCAGUAGAAAAAGGAAACACGAGCAAUACUGGGUGUUUCAAAGAAAUUUUAAUCAUUGUACGUUACCAGUUGGUUAGUAAAUAAAAACGGGACUAAUAGAAAUUUGUUGUCAUUUUACGUUAUAUAUGAUCAAUCAUUGUCAGUCUACAAACUCAAAACUGAUAUUUUACAAUGCACAAUAAAGAGAAAUCUGUUGGU